AUGGGACUCAUAUGGGACGGUGUGAAAGACAUAACUGGAAAUGUGUUACAUUUAAGGACUAAAUUUGUGACCAAUCAAAGACUCGAUGGACAGGUAGUGGUCAUCACGGGUGCCAACUCUGGUAUCGGAAGAGAAACCGCUAUUCAACUAACAUUACUGGGCGCUAAGGUAAUUAUGGGUUGCAGGAACCGGGAGAGGGCCGAUAGGGCAGCGGAAUAUCUAAUGGCUAACAACAUGCAUGCGGUCGUAAUUGUCAUUCAAUUGGAUUUAUCGUCACUCGAGUCGGUCCGAGAAUUCGCUGACAAAGUGUCGCAAAACGAGUCACACAUUGAUAUACUUAUAAGUAACGCCGGAAUCGCCGGAAUUCCUGAGCGCCAGACCGUCGAUGGCAUUGAGAUGCAGUUCAGGACAAAUUAUCUGGGUAUUCAUAGUCGCCAAUUGUGGCCAACAUAUAUCGAUAUUAACCAUAACUUUUAUGCCAUAACCCGGGUAGUGUCGGUGUCUUCGUUUGUAUAUAAAGUGGGAAAAAUACAUUUCGAUAAUAUAAACCUAAGGGACGGCGCCUACACUCAUUGGAAGGCCUACAAUCAGAGCAAAUUGGCUAAUGUGCUGUUCAGUCGAGAGCUGGCCAAACGGUUGGGUGCCAACAGUACAAUCAGUACGUAUAGUUUGCAUCCAGGUGUCAUUAAGACGGACAUUGUCCGAAACUAUAGACCGUACGUAAAGGGCUUGUAUAAUAUGAUCGGUCGCCUACUGUUCCUCACGCCGCGAAUGGGCGCUCAGACGUCGCUGUAUUGCGCGCUGGAGGACGGCAUUGAAAAUGAGAGCGGAUUUUAUUAUCAGGUCUGCAAAAAAGUUGAGGUCAGCCCGAUUGCAAUGGACGACACGGCCGCUGAAAGACUGUGGGACUUAAGCGUUGAUUUAGUGAACCUCGACGCGCACCUAAAUCUACCAAGUUCAUAUUAA